AUGAACAUGGAGAACCAACGAAAGAAAACCUCAGGGCGCAAGAAGAUUGAGAUCAAGAAGCUUGACAAACAAACCAACAAACAAGUCACAUUCUCGAAAAGAAGACAAGGUUUGUUCAAGAAAGCAAGCGAACUUUGUGUUUUAUGUGACGUUCAUGCAGCCAUCGUGGUGUUUUCUCCCGCUGACAAACUAUAUUGUUUUGGUGAACCAAAUACCGAUGCAAUCCUCAAUAGCUACAUAAGAGGAACCACCGAGUUUGAGAGUUCAAAGUUAGCAGGAAAUUCUCAGAACUACGAAGAGUACAAUAAACAAUAUGAAGAGGCGUUGAAGAUGUUAGAGAUGGAAAAGAAGAAACUUGCAGAUGCUGAAAAUUUGGCUAAGUUUUGUAACACAUUUGGUUGGUGGAAUGAUUCAAUUGAUGAUAUGAGUAGUGAUCAACUUGAGCAAUUUAUGGUUUCCAUUUAUGAAUUAAAGAGGAAGCUAAUUGAAAAGGCUGAUGAACAUGUGAUGAAGCUUCACAUGUAG